UGUUGUUUACAGUGUGUUGUUUGUUGAGUCGCGUUUCCACGCCACCUGUGACGGUCAGCGGCGGUUGCCCACGGCUCAGCGCCUCCGCGGACUGCGGCCGGUCGUUGCCAUGACAGCGACCGCUGGGGGCCCUGGAUCUUGGAGUGAAAAUAUACUAGAAUAUUUUCUGAGAAAUAACCACAUCACAACAGAAGAUGGCGCUGAGAUCAUCUGGUAUCAUGCUGCUAACCACAAGGCACAGGUGAAUGAGGCACUGAAAAGUCCUGCUCACAUGAUAGAGGCUGAUGUCCUUCUUCCAAGUGAUGGAUCAGAAUAUAGCCAACCAAUCAUGGCCCAUCCUCCUGAAACAAAUAGUGAUAAUACUUUACAGGAAUGGCUGACUGAAGUUAUAAAAAGCAAUAAAGGCAUCAAACUGGAUUUUAAGAGUCUAGCAGCUGUGGAACCAUCCAUGAUGCUCCUGGAAAAUGUGAAGAGGCAUCUGCAGCGUCCUGUGUGGAUUAAUGCUGAUAUUCUUCCUGGUCCAAAUGGAAAUAGCAGAGUAGUGGAUGCAAAACCUUUUAUAGACACAGUGACAUCCUUCUUUCCAGAUGUGACGUUUUCCCUGGGUUGGACAACAGGAUGGCAUCCUGAGAAAGUCAAUGAAGGUUACAGUUGGACAAUGGUGAAAGAAAUGGAAUAUAUAUGUAAGGACCUAAAUCUGCCUGUAACAUUUCCUGUCAGAGCAGCAUUAGUUAGACAGUCUUGUUCUCAGUUACUCUGGCUGUUAAAGAAAUCAAACAGAGAUUCAACAAAACUCUGGCACCCUCUUUCUUUUUUCCUGGAGAACUGGUUAUUUCAGAAAUUACAGAAGAGUAAGAGGCUUUAAAAAUGUUCUAACUUUCACACAGGUGAGCACCUUUCUCAUGACAGAAUAAAAUCCACUUACUGAAAACAAUAUAGAUUAAAUUAGAUGGAUCUAACAUUUCCAUAUUGUUGGGAGCAUGCUGGCAACUGUGUAUGUAUUUUGUAUUCUUUAUUUCCAUCAUAAUAUUUUAUCUAUGGUGAGUACAAUACUACUGGAGAGCAUUUUUUUUUUAUUUAGCCACAUGGUUUCUUUUUUUUUAUGAUACAAUUUAUUGUCAAAUUGGCUUACAUACAACACCCAGUGUUCAUCCCAACAAGUGCCCUCCUCAAUGCCCAUCACCCAUUUUCCAAUCUCCCCCACCCCCAUCCACCCUCAGUUUGGUCUCUGUAUUUAAGAGUCUCUUAUGGUUUGCCUUCCUCCCUCUCUGUUUGUAACUAUUUUUUCCCCUUUCCCUCCCCCAUGGUCUUCUGUUAAGUUUCUCAAGAUCCACAUAUGAGUGAAAAGAUAUGGUAUCUGUCUUUCUCUGCCUGGCCUAUUUCACUUAACAUAAUACCCUCCAGUUCCAUCCACAUUGCUGCAAAUGACCAGAUUUCAUUCUUCCUCAUUGCCAAGUAGUAUUCCAUUGUAUAUAUAAACCACAUCUUCUUUAUCCAUUCAUCAGUUGAUGGCCAUUUAGGCUCUUUCCAUAAUUUGGCUAUUGGUGAGUGUGCUGCUAUAAACAUUGGGGUACAAGUACCCCUAUGCAUCAGCACUCCUGUAUCCCUUGGGUAAAUCCCUAGCACUGCUAUUGCUGGGUCAUAGGGUAGUUCUAUUUUUAAUUUUUUCAGGAACCUUCACACUAUCUUCCAGAGAAGCUUGAAGAGUAGAAUUUUAAUCCUAGUGACACAUCAUUUGAUUUUCAUUUCUCACCAGCACCACCUUAGUUCAGGCCCUUAUUUUACUGCUAGAACUUCAGAAACUUGUUCUUCAUGUCUUCAUUGUUCACACUCUACUCAGAGAUGCUCUGAGUAUUUCUGCUGAAGAAAGCUUUUAUAAGUGCCUCUGGGAAAUUAGAAACCUCCAGGGGCCUCUUACAUGCAACUUUAUUGAAUUUUACUCUUAAAGACCAUCCACAAUGUAGCCCACUCUAAAAGUCAAUUCAGUGACCUUCAGUGCUUCAUUUCAUAAACGCCUGCAACAUCAAUGGUCUCCAGACCUUCCUUUAACAGUUCAUUUUAACUACUUGAUAUUGUUCACUAAUUAUGUCAUACAUGUUAGUUAUAUUUCUUCAGCUAGGUUAUAAAGCCUUUUAUGGUAAGGGUGC